AUGUUCGUGGUUUUCAUUGGCCUCCUCACGCUGUUCAACAGCGUCUUCGAUUCUACCAUCCCAAGCGGUGGGAUUCGCUUCAUUUCAAAAGCCUUGAAUGUCCAAAGUGAGACUCAACAGGUACUACCCACAUCAGUCUACCUGAUCGGGUAUGUGACGGGACCUCUCGCCUUUGGGCCCAUGAGCGAGCUGUACGGUCGACGACCAGUGAUGGUAGGAACAUUCAUCCUGUUUACUAUCUUCACUCUCGCAUGUGCCGUUGCGCCCAACUGGCCGGCCUUCAUUAUUUUCCGCGCUCUCUGUGGCAUCUGCGCAUCGAGUCCAAUUGCCGUCACCGGCGGACUCUUCGCCGAUCUGUAUGGCUCCCCUCUUGCCCGGGGACGAACCAUGGCGCUGUCAAUGGGGAUCACGACUGCUGGUCCCCAAUUUGCACCGCUCAUUGCGGGUUUUAUUGCACCGGUGGCGUGGAGGUGGGUUUUCUGGCUGUCACUCAUCCUUGCUGGUGUCACCUUGGUCCCGGUGCUUUUCCUCCCCGAAACAUUCCAGCCUGCCCUCUCUCGCCAGCCCCGAAAGCGCGGGGAGGGCAUUCUAGUCAAAACUCUUACCCGGCCGCUGUACAUGAUAUUUUAUGAGCCUAUCAUCACUUUCACUUGUCUCUAUUUGUCCUUUGCAAGCGCAAUCUUCUUUAUGUACUUCGAGGCGUAUCCCUUGAUCUUCCAAGGAAUAUACGGGAUGAGCGAUGGUAUUGCUGGACUGGCGUUUCUUCCGACGCGCAAAAGCGCGAAACGCCCCGUGGUCCAACAUGGAAGAAUACCAGCGCCUUCCUCUCGCAUGCCUAGGGGGCCCCUCUACGUCGUGGCCCUAUUCUGGCUGGGCUGGACUUCAUCUAUGAACAUUCACUGGAUUGUUCCCAUGCUUGCAGGGAUACCGUUUGGAAUGGGAUUCUUCCUCAUCUUCGUGGCGCUGAUCAAUUACAUGAUUGAUGCUUAUCACGAGUACGCUGCCAGUGCGAUGGCAGCCGCUAGCUGUUGUCGAAGUGUCUUCGGCGCAGUUUUACCUUUGGCAGCGGCCCCCAUGUUUCGCCCACUGGGUAUAGCAUGGGGCUGUAGUCUGCUGGGAUUUUUGAGUCUUGUCAUGACUUUGAUCCCGUUUGUGUUUAUCCGCUACGGGGAUCUUAUUCGGUCGAGGAGCAAGUUCCGGCAACAAGUUCAGCAUGCAUGA